GUCGCUACGGACUUUACGUAAGAUGUUGCGCUGGGUGCAGCAUCCGUCUCUCUGUACGGCCACGACGCGCACGAUCUGCCUGCAUACACUUAGAAAAAUGCGCCAGUAGGUCUGUACGCUUCUUACCCCGGAUAAUCAAAUUACAUUCGAUUUUCACACUCUACGGCGAGCGAUUGCAUCCUAUUUAUUCCAGCGGUGGUAUGAUCUGUUAACUAUAUAUUCACCGUUAUUCACCGUCUCGGCGCGCACUGACGCGCUCCUGAACUGCGAGAGACACCGAAUCAACGGGGGGAAAAUCAUUAGAAGAAGAUCCGUCGAGGAUAAAGGAAAAGGUUUCCACAUGGUUAUGAUGUGUAUGAUUCAUUAGAAGAGGAUCCGGAUGAUGUGAUGGAUGCAUGAGAUGAGAACGUGUUUUUCAUUUUAAAUAAGCAAGGCCAGUGCUGACUGUGAUGAUUCUGAGCAGAAGACUCCCGUAACAGCAUCCAGUGCUGUUGAAGACUGUGUGGACUACACUUUGAUGCCACAAGAUACCUGAUUCCACAAGUUAAUCGUAAAAAAAGAAAGGGGCAGGACAUGACUCAGUUGCCAUGCAGGCUGCUAUUGUAACAGGCUUUUUCAGCCCCUCCCCCCUCGUCUGGUUGGUCCAACUCUUGUUGUGGCCACACCUCCUUGGACCUAGAUUGGCCGAAACCAGUCCUGCCUGCCCUGCUCCCUGUAGCUGUUCCAAUCAAGCCAGUCGAGUGAUAUGUACCAGAAAAGGCUUAAAUGAUGUUCCACAGAGUAUCUCGUCCAAUACUCGAUACCUUAACCUCCAGGAGAACUCCAUACAGGUGAUCAGGUCAGACACCUUCAAGCACCUAAAUCAUCUGGAAAUCUUACAGUUGUCUAAGAACCAAAUUCGUCAGAUAGAAGUGGGAGCUUUCAAUGGCCUUCCCAAUCUUAUCACCUUGGAGCUUUUUGACAACAGACUACCACUCGUACCAUCACAGGCAUUUGAGUACCUGAGCAAGCUGCGUGAGCUCUGGCUAAGGAACAACCCCAUAGAGACACUCCCGGCAUAUGCCUUCCACCGUGUUCCAUCCCUGCGACGGUUAGACCUUGGUGAGCUGCGCAAACUAAGUUUCAUCUCGGAGGCUGCGUUCGAAGGGCUGCUGAAUCUACGUUUCCUGAAUCUGGGCAUGUGCGGGCUUAAAGAUGUACCCAACUUGACGCCUCUUGUGAGGCUAGAGGAACUGGAGCUGUCUGGAAACCAGCUGGGAGUGGUGCGUCCCGGAUCUUUCCAAGGCCUAGUGUCUCUACGCAAACUGUGGCUCAUGCACUCUCGGAUCUCCGUCCUUGAAAGGAAUGCUUUUGAUGACCUCAAGAACCUGGAGGAGCUCAAUCUGUCCCAUAACUCUCUGCAUUCGCUGCCCCAUGAUCUAUUCACUCCACUGCAACAGUUAGAGCGUGUCCAUCUGAACCACAACCCUUGGGUUUGCAACUGCGAUGUUCUGUGGUUGAGCUGGUGGCUUAAAGAAACCGUGCCUGAUAACUCCACUUGUUGUGCACGUUGCCAUGCCCCACCAGGUACUAAGGGCAGGUACAUUGGUGACCUUGACCAGCGAGACUUCACCUGCUAUGCACCUGUGAUUGUGGAGCCACCCACUGACCUGAACGUAACGGAGGGAAUGGCAGCAGAGCUGAAAUGCCGCACUGGGACAUCCAUGACUUCCGUUAACUGGUUGACCCCCAAUGGAACCUUGAUGACCCAUGGGGCAUACAAGGUCCGGAUCUCGGUCCUGCAUGAUGGAACCCUGAAUUUCACCAAUGUGACCAUGCAAGACACUGGACCCUACACCUGUAUGGUCACCAAUUCUGCUGGCAACACCACAGCAACUGCUGUGUUGAACGUCUCUGCACCUGACCCAGGCAAUGACUACAGCUACUUCACAACUGUUACUGUUGAGACUGUAGAGACUGGGCAAGAUGGCCACGGUUCAGCACGGCAGUUCGUCAAUGAGACGUUUAUUAGUUUUCCAGGCCCGACAGCUGCAUCUGCAUCGGCGGGUCCCACUGGCUCAAUGCUGUCCUCCUUGUCGCCACGAGCCACACGUGCACCCGAUCGCCCGUUCACGGUCUCCAUCACAGACGUUGCCAACUUGUCAGGUCUUGAGGACGUAAUGAAGACGACCAAGAUUAUCAUCGGCUGCUUUGUGGCCAUCACCUUUAUGGCGGCCGUGAUGCUGGUCGUCUUCUACAAGCUUCGCAAGCAGCACCAACUGCACAAACACCACGGCCCGGCUCGUGCCAUCGAGAUAAUCAAUGUUGAGGAUGAGAUCGGAUCUGCAGGUGGAACUAGUGGAAUCACAGGAGGGAGCACCCUCCAAAAGGGAGCAGGAUCUGGUGGAGGAAGCGGGCAGAGUCCGAGGAAUCACGAACCUGAGAUCAUGACCCUGCCGAGCGUUGGGCAAGCGGACCACCUGAACCACUACUACAAAGCGCACCACUUUAACAACAACGUGCUGGGCUUGAACAUGGCAUCUGGAAUGCUCAACAACAAACCUAACCCUUCCUCCCAAAACAAGGCUUCGACCAUUAAAAUGGGGACUUCCGGUAAUCCCUCCAACCUUGGCUCGACAUCACCUCCCUUGCCAAUUCCCAUUCCAAUGGCGAUGACCUUCCAUGGAACUCUGAAAGGCCUUAGUCACGUUCCCAACAUGCAGACUGAGCCACUGUUGCUAUCGAAUGGCUCCAAGGAGAGUGUUCAGGAGACCCAGAUCUGAUUACCCUUGCAUACACAUGCACAUGCAGGAAGGGAAGUAGACUGGUUUUUAAGGCAGCAUGACUGUCAAGUCUCUGCAGUCUUUGACUUUUUAAACUCUGUCUCUUUCCAACAGAUUCCAUGGAAUAUUAAUUUUGAUAAACAGAGAGACAGGCUUUUACUGAUGAAGUGGACAAGGCGCUGUUGAGUACAUACGUGCCAAAGCAAGCGUACUUUUGAGUUGUGUCCGCGUAUAAAAAAAUAUAGUCUAUAUUAAAGUAGUGUUAUUACUUAAGUGUUGGUUUGCCACAGUCCAGCGACACAGAGUACACACACUGAUGUACAGCAGCUAACAGACCUGUAUAAAAGCAUACACACAUUUACACUUCCCAGAGGUUGACAUCAUUCUUCAUCAUACUCACCUCGGUAGGUAGUGUACCUGUGUGUGUGUAUUUGAGUGUGUGUGUAAGGGACAGUAUUACCUGAGACUAAUUCGAAAAUAAAGACUUUAACUGCUUUGAUCCAGAACACAUGCUCAUGUUCACUCUGCAUCAUGAUGACAUUCUGAAUCUAGCACAAGUGAGGAUCAGUUCAUAAGCUCAGAACUCUAAAGACACCAGUUUUAGGGUGACAUACACUUUCAUCAUACCUAGAGGAGAGGGCAGAGAGAAGAAGGCUUUCCAUGUGAACAAUAAGAGUACAUGACUGCUGUCCUCAGCAAAGGUACCACAGUACCUGCCGCCGUAGUGCAAACUCUUUGUGCAUAUCUGCCUUCGAAGAGAUCUCGAGUGUCAUAUGUUUGUCUUUUCGCCUGAAUUGAAGAGUAACAGGAGUGUGUAAGGGCUAUUUCACUGGCAUUUGAUGUGUGCAGAACGUGUCUUGACUAAAAGUCAACAUAAAAUGCAACAUUUAACUUCUGUAGUAUGAAACAGGAUAUUCAAUGGAUGCAGGGUGGUGGGACUUGACUCCAUUCUUCAGGAAUUGAUUGGAUCGUGUAAAGCAGGCGUACCAGAACGGAGUCAAGAGGGAUUUGAGACACUAGCCGAACCGGAAAGUCAUUUCAGAGGCGGAGCAGGUUACAUUUUGAUAAAAGAUUCCGAAGAUAUUUUUUUUUUUACUUUGCAUAACGUGCACAGAUGACUGGUGCACAAUAAGAAAUGAGUGCAUCCAUUUUGAGUUCAUGUUGACUUUAAAAUAAGCUGUAUUAAAGCUUUGAAAUAUACUGGGAUACGCACCACAGGGGAUUUCGCCAACAUGAACAAUUUUAGAUUUUUAACAGAGAGAGAAUGAAAGACAUUGUGAAAAUGUCCAGAUUUUUCUGAUGAAAGAUUUUGCAAUAUGACAUGUAAUCUAAUGUAAAAAUUUUCAGCUAUACUGUUUAUAGACCAAAUCGCUGGGUUUGGGAAUCAGGGUUUAGGGAAUGGGAAUAAUACCGUUCUUGAGCCGCUUCAAAUUUAACAUUAGUCAUCUAUUUGGGGGAAAACUUGUAUGCCUCACUUUCAGAGAGUAUUUUCUUUGAAGAGAUUCGCGAAUUGAUAGGUCCUUCAUGGGAGCCAUGCGACAACUGCUGACUACAUAAAGCAUUCUAUUCAUCCGUGAAUGGCUUUGAAGUUGUAUAAUAACUGUGCAAUGUGCCAUUAAUUGGAGUAGAGUACACAUGCGUGUAUUAUUGUAAUUGCUGCAUUAAACUUUACUCGGUUUUUAAUUUACAAUUCAUCAUCUUUUAUCAGAUUGUUGGUGUUAAAAUUGAUUCAUCCUUUUUCAAAUGCUGGGAACUUUCUUAAAUCAAACUGGGCAAUUGUUUUCUGCAUUCAUUUUACACGUUUGAUUAAGGACACAAGUGCUAUACAUAGUUGUAUCCAUUAUACCCCACCAGUCCUUCAAAUGUCUCCCUGCUAGUCUUCAUAAUGGAGUUAUAGGGCGAACUAUGUUUUUUUCUGCUGCUUUCAUUGCUUUCCAUAUUUCUCCCUACAGUAUGAAAGCUGAUUGUGUUUGAAUAUCCAGUGGAGUUGCUUAGCAACAACAUCAUUGCCAGGAAAUGCUCUUAAAAGCUUAUUGUAGCACCUGACCCUCAUCUGCUGAUGCGGAAUAUAGGUAGAUCAGAAUUACGUCAGUAUCACAUAAGUAAAAGGUUAGUUAAUGUGAGGAAAGCAUCCUCCAUGCCUCGCUUUAUGUCCUCGAUACCAGAAAAGACUGAAACGUGAAUAUCAUUGACCUCGGAUCCAAUAUUUGAACAUUUUAGGCUAUUAAACGUUGGCAAAUUUAAUAAUUUUGUCAAAACACAACCGUAUAUUUUUAAAUGCAGUGCUAAAGCUUCAUGAACAACCGGUUUCUACAAACAAGCCUCGAUUUGCUACAUGAGUAAGAUUCCCAUUCUAGAGUAUUUUAUUGGACAUGAAACUGAGUGCAUCGGUUAAUUUUCCUGAAAGAGAGUGUCUGAAGUUUUUAAAUGCAUAUGCAUAUCCUGAUCAUUUUGGAGAUUUUUUUAUAAGUACACCAGCAUAUAGCAAACAUACAUCAACUAAAAGCCACAAAUGGGAGUCUUUGUUUGAGCCAGACUUGCAUUUGAGCCUUUCCAUACCUCUUUUUUUAAUUAUACAAGCAAACUUGUGAAACGUUAAAUGUCCAAAUGCUUAUCUGCCCAAGAUCAUGAGGCAGUGAAUCAGUACAUCAGCGUUCAGAUGUGUGUCAUCCCGUAGCAGGUUGUUCUCAUCUAUGCAUCCUCUCUGCGGCCAGCAAAAUCACAUUACCCUUAUGGCUACUGAAAGACAAUUCAUCUAAACCUUUCCCCGUUUUCGAAAGCUGCUUUAAGCUGAUUUCACUGGCUGUGAGAUGAAGACACUGGGGCUGAGACCCGUGUUGAAGCUGUUUCUGAAUCAGCACAGAAAGAUUGUAUUAUGAGUAUUAAAUGAAGCGGUGUCAUCACUGUAGACUCUUAAUGUGGUGGCUCUCUCUUUCACCUUCUCACACUGACCAUGUGUUCAUGUAUUGCCAUGUACAGUAUAUAAUCUAAAGAUGUAAAUAUUCUCUAUUUUUUGACUUGCCAUUAGCAGAACACGUGUUCUUCAGGAUUUAAAACAGAACAAAGCUUUUUGGAAACUGUUUGCAUUUCUCUUUCCCUCUAUUUAUGUGUGAAUCUCAUGAAAACAGGCCAUAUUUCACCACAGCAUCUAAUGAACAGAAUUGUAUUGUGCAUACAGAAAAAUAAUCCUGGUUUUUGGACCAUUAAGGUUUUUUUUUUUUUUGGUGACAUUUCAUUUGAUGAUAAUCAAGCAGAUUUUUACCACUAGUGCGGUAUGGAUAUUUUAUUUGUGGUUUUGUUGGUAAUUUUCAAAUUGUAUUGUAGAUUCUCAUUACUUUGCGUAAUACAAAAAAGUAAAAUCAUUUUUAAUAUAUGAAUUCGCAUAAAACAGUUAGUACAUGAGUACAUCAAACAGUAACAUUAUAUUAAACAUUUUUUUUUGUGCAAUUUUGAGAAUGAUUUUAUUUUGUUGAUUUUUUUUCUAAUGAAAUGUCACAUUGCUAAAAAAAAACGCUCAAAAUAGGCUGAAUAAUAACAUUUUGUGGUGCAAUUUCACCAGUUUUUGGACAUUUUUUUUUAGAUUCACUCGUAUGUUUCUCUGUAUCUCUAUCUUUAGGACAAUACACUCAAAAAAAAAAAAAAGAAAAAAAAUUAAA